UUAAAUCUUCAUAGUCUGGAUGUUUGUUUUAUUUUACCGGAACGUAAGGCGGUGCAAUUUGUGAUAGUUGUCACGUUGUUUUCCGAAUUUUUCAAAGCAUGGACCCUGCCAGGGUGGUUGAAGCUUUAAGCAAUACCUUACUGGCUGAUAAACAGGAAAAUGGAACCAAAAUACUCAAUGAGAUGCAUAAAAUCAUUGGAUUUGUCCCUACCCUAUUAAAAAUAAUCCUUGAAGAUACUAUUGAUGUUGGCGUACGACAGGCAGCAGCUUUAUAUUUCAAAAACAACAUUUCCGAGUGGUGGAAGCAAGAAGAACCGGAGGAAUCUGGCGAGUUAAGAUUUAGUAUACAUGAACAAGAUAAACAAGCUAUCAGAAGUUCUAUUGUAGCAGCUGUUGUCUCGGCACCAAUUCCUUUGCAAACUCAUCUACAGGUGGCUCUUUCUAAAAUAAUAGAGCAUGAUUUUCCUGUUCGUUUUCAAGAGUUCCCCGAACAAGUUAAACAUUUCCUGGAAUCAAACGAUCGCCAUCAUUUACGAGGAGCUCUCACUUGUCUUUAUGCUUUUGUUGGAGUUUAUACUUACAAAAAGAAUGAUGAGCGCCAAAAUACGGUCUCGGUGAUGCAAGUUUUCUUUCCAAUUUUGUAUUCAACGUUGUCGAAUCUCAUUGUUGACGAAUCUGAGGAUUCCUAUAUACUCCAAACACUAAUCAUCAAAAUAUUCUUCUCAUUUAUAAAUUAUCAUUUCCCACUAGAUGCAAUGAGUAAAGAGCUAUUCGGUCAUUGGAUUGAUAUACUUUGUACUGUACUAGGAGAUUUCAAAGUAACUCAACCAGACACUUCAAGUUCCACCUGGAAACGAAAAAAAUGGGCUUUAAAAAUACUCAAUAGAGUUCUCACUCGUUAUGGUAGUCCGGGCGCUGUCAUAAAGCGGUAUCAGCCAUUCGCUGAGUGGUAUUUAAAAGCCUUCUCCGGGCAAAUAAUAUCAAUACUUCUAAAUAUAUGUGAAGCAUACAGGCAGAAAUCAUUUGUUUCUAAACCGGUUCUUAGUCAAACGUUGGACUAUUUUUCAUCGGCAUUAGCUCAUUCGUUUUCCUGGAAAUUACUACGACCACACUUCUCACUUUUGGUCCGUGAGGUUAUAUUUCCGUUAAUGUCAUACACUGAAGAGGAUGCUGAAUUGUGGGAAGACGACCCGAUAGAAUAUAUUCGAGCCGAAUCUGGUGACUGGGGUUCGGUAUCUAGUCCAGCAAGUGCAGCAUCUACCCUUCUAAAUGAAGCAUGUAUUAAGCGACGUGGUGUCUUAAAUAAUAUAAUGCCGUUCUGUAUCCAUAUAUUGAGUUCCGAAAGUUCACCUAUUGAGAAGGAUGCUGUUUUGCACAUGUACACAGCUAUUGCUGAGAUCUUAUUAAAAAAUCCUGCAUACAAGUCUCAAUUAGAGUCAUUUCUUGUUGGUCAUGUCCUACCAACUUUGCAUGCUCCUGAAGGAUAUCGUCGUGCUAGAGCUUACAGAUUGCUGGAAAAAUUAUCAGAAGCUAAAUUCAACGACCAAAAUAUUUUUGCCCAAGUUGUUGAUGAAGUAAGAAAAGCUGCAUGCUUUGACUCGGAACUACCAGUCCGUGCAUUUGCUGCACUCUGUCUUUCAGAAUUAGUUCGAUGUCAAGAAGCUGCUCAUCAAUUUGUGGCUCCUCAUUUACAUGAACUGCUGAUACGUUUAUUGGAGCUUCUUCGACAAACUGAAUUUGAUGAUUUAAACAAUGUUAUCGAAAUAUUCAUACAUACAUUUGAAAAAGAAAUUCUUCCAAUCGCUUCUGAGAUUAUGCAAACUUUGUCAGAUACAUUUCUUCAGCUUGUUAAUAUAUCGAAGAAUGGAUCACCUAACGAAUCAAACGAGAUUGCAGAUACAGAAGACAUCUUUGAGUAUCGGUCUAUAGUUGCUACAAGUGUUCUAGAUAAUAUGGAGUCCAUUUUACAAGUUGGUGAAGAUAAUGAAAAUCUUGUUGCACAGCUUGAACCGAUUGUUGUGCGUUUAAUUCAGUCUAUAUUUGAUCAUAACUUGAGUGUAUUCUUCGACGAAGCUCUCACUUUCAUUUUCUCACUGACAACUAACAAGAUUUCUCCACUAUUGUGGCAACUUUUUGAUCAGCUCUAUCCUGUAUUCAAAAAAGAUGCUUGUGAAUGUUUUUCUGAAAUGAUGCCGUGUUUACAUAAUUACAUAACAGUGGACCGUGAGGCUUUCCUGGCAAAUCCUUCACGUAUUGAACAAGUUACUGCUAUGUGUUUGGAGGUUUUCGCAAUGGAUGAUCAAGAAAGAUUACAAAUGCAUGCUGCCAAAUUACUUGAAGUGAUUUUACUUGAUUAUCGAGGUCAAGUAAAUCCAUAUGUACCUAAAUAUGUUGAAAUGGCGCUUACACGUCUUACACGCCCGCUUGUUUCAAGUGAACUUAGAACACUUUGCAUACAGGUGGUAAUUGCUGGACUACUUUACUCACCUAUGGAUAUGCUUCAUAUGAUGGUUGAGCAUCCGUGGCCUGGGACAGAGGUUAACAUUUUAUCCGAGUUCCUUAAACGAUGGAUUCAAGAUGCAGACUGUUUCCUUGGAUUGCAUGAUCGUCGUCUUUGUGUCCUAGGACUUUGUUUGAUUAUUUCUCUCCCUGCUGAUAAACGAACAGAUGCAAUUGUAACACUCAGUGAAAAGUAUAUUCCAUCACUUCUGCUACUAUUUUCUGGACUGAAAAAAGCGUACGCAGCAAAAGCUUCUAGUCAAAACGAAGAUGAUUCAGAUGAAGAAGACUCUGAAACAGAAGAAGAUUUAGAAGGGAAAGCUCUGGGAAGCGAUGAAGAUGAAGUAGACGAAGAAAGUGUUCGUUAUUUGGAAAUGUUGGAGGCAACUGAAAAUUCAGAUGGUGAUGAUGAUGAUGAUGACGACGAUGAUGAUGAUGAUGAAGAAGAGACACUGGAAGCGUUCGAUACACAAAUGGAUAAGUCAGAAUGUGAUAUGGAUGAAUAUGUGACAUUUUAUCGUGUAAUGACUGAAUUGGAAAGUUCUGAUUAUGCAUGGUAUAGUCAGUUGAUUAAUCAUCUUUCUGAAGAACAACAAAAUGAUCUCAAAGGAGUAGUGAACACGGCUGUGAAAUGUAUCCAACAAAAAGAGUCUAAAAUUAUUGAACAAGCUGGCGGAUACACUUUCUCACCGACUAUUCCUAGCAGCUUUGAUUUUGGUUCACCUAAUGGACAAACUGGAUAAGUAGAUGUGUGUGUGUGUGCGUGUGUGUGCGCGCUUAUGUUUUUAAACUCUGAUAUUAAAAACAAAUCUCUAAACCUUUCCAAUGCUUUUUGUAUAGGAUGAUAUAAUGAUUUAGUUUGAUGAUGAAAAUGCAAAAUGCAAAAAUGUGUUCAACAUUUUUAUUAUCUAACAACUGGAAAAAAAAAAGAAAUAAUACACAACGCGGCCCAUUGUGCUACUUUUAUUUCUAAAGUGUUUUUGCUAAACUUAUUAUGAUUUUGUUUCCAACCGCCCCCGCCCCUCACCCCCAGUUCUCUCCCUUUAUCAGAUAAUGUACACAUGUGUGUAAUGCUCUUGUUUUUAUGCUUUGUUUGUGUUUCUCUCCUCAAUUCCGAACUCUGUUUGUCUCCUUUCUUCCUUCCUUCCUCACUCUUUUGUCAGAAGGAGAAUGCGUCUUACGCUCCUUCGAACCAAUAUUCCAUUGCACAUAUAUGCAUAUAUAUAUAUAUAUAUAUAUAUAUAUAUAUAUAUAUUCGCGUUCCUCUAUACUUUUCCUUUUGUUAUUACUGACUACAAUGUGUGUGUGUAUGAGAUGAUAAUAAUGAUGAUGACAGUUGUUGAUUGACAAUGACACGUGUUUUUGAGAAAAGAAAACCUAUUUUUGUUUUUCUUCGGUAUCAAAAUGUUUUUUUUUCUGUUUCUUUCUUUCGGUUUUUAUCAUUAUUAUUAUUAUUAUUUUAAAAUACCCCUAUUUUCAUUUACAAAUCCUAAACAUGCUAGUUCGAUUUUUUUUUCUAGAAAAAAAAAAUCUGAAUUAAAACGUGUUGUUCAAAUUAAAUUGUAUGUUGGUUUAUCUUUGCUCUUUUCAAAGAAGAAGAAAAAAAAUGAAAACUAUUGUAUUUCCCCAGAUCACAUCGCCUUUUU